AAGGGGAGGCUUUAGCAAGACUGUUGUUUCGUCGCUAUGAUUGUGUUCGUCGUGUUUUUUUUUUCUCAAUUACGUAGACAUUUUGAUCAUGUCAAAUAACAAUAUUCAACAAAUCGAUUUUUUCGUCCAGGAUAGAUUCAUGUAAGGGUGUGUUAGCCUGCCAGUUGAUACCAAAGAGACUCGGAAGUUAGCAACACAUAUUGCGCAUGCGUCGAUGUCCAUUUUGGGCCACUGUUGCAAGAAUGCUUGCAAGGAGUUCAUUGAAAAAACCGUAGCAGGAGGACGAGAUUCGUGCCGCUUGUGCUAACUUGUCGCUUCAUAUUUUUCGUGAAGAUUGCCAGUUAUUGUUAAGACAAGCUCGUCUCAGUGUGCUUUGAAGCUUUUCGGGCUAGCUUAGCUUGCUAGCUGCCAACAAAUAAAGGCGGAAGUGAUCGACACAGCACUAAGCAGACAUCAAGUGUGAGUGUAAAAUGUUGUGAUUGUGCGAAAAUGUGCGAAAGAACAAUAGCAGAGUACGAGAAGGAGCUUUCGAGAACAAAAAAAGAGAACGAGAGACAACGUCAACUACUGUACGCUGUUCUCAAGAAGCCUCAAGUUGUGUUACACAGAACAGAUGUCAGCUUAGAAGAUCUUGCCCCUGAGCAGCAGGAGUGGAGCUACAUCGCGGAGCAAGGGGAGUCAAUGCCCCUCCAUGUUAAAGGGGAAGAGGAGGAGCCACAGCCCCCUCACAUUAAAGAGGAAGAGCCACAGCGCCCCCACAUUAAAAAGGAAGAGGAGGAGCCACAGCCUCCCCACAUUAAAGAGGAGGAGGCAGAACCACAGCCCCCCCACAUUAAAGAGGAGGAGGAGGAGGAGCCACAGCCCCACCACAUUAAAGAGGAGGAGGAGGAGCCACAGCCCCCCUACAUUAAAGAGGAAACGGAGGAUCACAGAAUCAGUCAGGAGGGAGAGCAUCUUGAAGGAUUGGAGGAGUUCCCAGUGAUUGGUGUCCAUGUGAAGAGUGAAGAUGAUGAAGACAAAGGUGAAAGUGAGGAGAAGAGAGAGGUGGAGCCUCCAAGCAGCAGCUCAACUCAACACAUGACAACAGAAGCUGAUGGAGACCACUGUGGAGGAUCACAAGCAGACAACCUCUUAGCUCCACUAUCAGAUAGUGACGACACAACGUCACACUCUCCUGACACUGAUGAUGAAGACUCUACAGCUGAUAUGACAUGUCACACUGACAACACACACUUUAAAUGCUCUCAGUGUGACAAAACUUUUGUAAAGAGGGGAAAUCUGAAAGUACACAUGAGAAGUCACACAGGUGAGAAACCUUUCACCUGCUCAGCUUGUGGUAAAAGAUUCUCACAACGGUCACAUUUGAAAAGACACACAAGAAUACACACUGGAGAGAAACCCUUUUCCUGUUCUGUAUGUGGUAAAGGAUUUAAAGUAAACAAAGAAGUGAAAAUCCACAUGAUAAAACACACUGGAGAGAACCCAUUUACCUGUUCGAUCUGUGGUAAAGGAUUCUCUCUAAAGGCAAAUUUGAAAACACAUACAAGAAUACACACUGGAGAAAAACCUGUUACCUGUUCAGUGUGUGGUAAAGGUUUUGUACAAAAUUACAAUUUGAAAAUACACAUGAGAACACACACUGGAGAAAAACCAUAUUCCUGUUCAGAGUGUGGUAUAGGUUUUUCACGAAACGAUAAUUUGAAAAUGCACAUGAGAACACACAGUGGAGAAAAACCAUAUUCCUGCUCAGAGUGUGGUAUCAGUUUAGCACGAAAAGAUAAUUUGAAAAUGCACAUGAGAACACACACUAGAAAAACACAACGUUCCUGUUCAGUCUGUGGUAUGGGUUUUGCAGGAAAAUGUGAAUUGAAAAUGCACAUGAAAACACACAUUGGAGAAAAACCAUAUUCCUGUUCAGAGUGUGGUGUCAGUUUUGCACGAAAAGGUACUUUGAAAAUGCAUAUGAGAGCGCACACUGGAGAAAAACCAUAUUCCUGUUCAGAGUGUGGUGUCGGGUUUGCAGGAAAACGUGAAUUGAAAAAGCACAUGAGAACACACAUUGGAGAAAAACCAUAUUCCUGUUCAGAGUGUGGUGUCGGUUUUGCACGAAAAGGUACUUUGAAAAUGCACGUGAUGACACACACUGGAGAAAAACCGUAUUCUUGUUCAGUGUGCGGUAUAGAUUUUUCACGAAAAGGUAAUUUGAAAAUACACAUGAGAACACAUACUGGAGAAAAGCCAUACUCCUGUUCAGUGUGUGGUGUAGGUUUUGCACGAAAAGCUGAAUUGCAAAUGCACAUGAGAGGACACACUGGAGAAAAACCAUAUCCCUGUUCAGUGUGUGGUAUUGGUUUUGCACGAAAAGGUGAAUUGAAAAGACACAUGAGAAGACACACAGGAGAAAAACCAUAUCCCUGUUCAGUGUGUGGUAUAGGUUUUGGACGAAAUGGUGAUUUGAAAAUACACAUGAGGAGACACACUGGUGAGAAAGUGUUGAGUUGCAGUGUGUGUGAUGAAAGAUUCUCUUAUAAGUACCAGCUUAACAAUCACAAGUGUGCUGGUGAGAACAGCAGCAGUAAAUGAAGCUGCAAGACUUGAAAUAAGCUGUGAUGACUUUGAUAACCAUGACUUUCUAACAACAUCAUGUAUAUAACAUUUGACAUGACAAUUUAGUAUAUUUACUGUAUAACACUUUCAUACGGGUACAUUCAAAGAAAUGAACCCCCAACAUGCGUUGUUUAAAAACUCACAUACUCUUGUGAAUAAAUCAGAAAUCCUAAAUUGCUUCAUAGAAUUUUUUUUUCAUCAGGUUGUGUACAUGAGACAUUGCAUUCCAAAAACAAGAUUCAAGAGUUUUAUUGUCAUGUGCACAGUAAAACAGCAGUUAUACUAUGCAAUGAAAUUUUUAUUCUGUUCAUUCUCCCAAGAAAAGAAAGAAAACACAAGAAAAAGAAUAAGAACAUAAGAAACAUAAAUACCAAUAAAUUAAGCAACAACAACAGAAGAGACAUUAAUACAAAUAAAUAAUACAAAUAAAUAAAUAAAUAAAGUGC